GUAAUGACCUUGUUUUUGUUGGUGCUUAAUUUGAGUGCGACUGCGCUCUGCUCAAUGCUUUCGCCAUUGCUGACACGGCUUGGCAAGAGAAGCAGAGCGUGAACCCCGUGGCUUUGGCUAUUGAGUCUGUGGAAAUAGAACAGGUUGUACGCUCUCAGUGUAGCAUUAUUUGGAAUCCUGGGAGAUAGGCUAACGGUUGCAAUUUAAUCUUAGCCAACGAUUAACCAAUCUCUCCCGUAUGUAAUCGCCCUUCCUCGUCGUCGGACGCUACCAGUGGGGGCCAAGGAACAAAAUAGCAUAUCGCCAUUAUAUGAUCAAGUGUCCAGCGUCACUUUUACCCUCCAUGUGGGUCAGGGAACUGUGUGUGUCGGAUUAUGGCGAGAAAAACAGUUAGCAGGAAAAGGAAGGUAGGAGAGCCCAAGGACCAACAACAGCUGGACUGGUGUCAGGUGCCAUACAAGCGCAAUUGUGCUUCUUGUUCGUCACAUCAUGCCCAGCAGUGGUGGUACAGUCGGCACUCUGUGGUUUGGGCCCUCCGGGGGCGGGAAUUCAGGCCUCAACAGCAGCACGAGUUGCGGCUCCAGCGGAGUCUGCGGGGAUUUGCAGCUGGGAGGCUCCCUGGUAUCCUCAGAGAGAGGGAAUUUUCUCUGGGGCGACUUAACAAGGUGUUCGCUUCACAGUGGCUCAACUACCGGCAGGUAGUGUGUGGGACCAAGUGUAACACGCUUUUUGUAGUUGAUGUCCUGACGGGGCAGAUAACACGCAUUCCUAUGCUGAAGGACAGGGAGUGUCAUGGUGUAGGCUCCGGGGUGGUGGGUGUGAUGGUGGCAGGCCGGCAUUACCACCCUGUGGGAGGUUCGCAUUCCCGCAUGGACCUGCAGGGCUGUGGAAUCCAUGCUAUUGAACUCAAUCCUUCCAGAACGCUGCUUGCCACUGGAGGAGACAAUCCCAACAGCUUGGCCAUCUAUCAGCUGCCCACACUAGAUCCUGUUUGUGUUGGAGAUGAUGGCCACAAUGACUGGAUCUUCUCUAUAGCAUGGAUCAGUGACAACUUGGCAGUUUCUGGGUCCAGAGAUGGCUCCAUGGGCCUGUGGGAGGUAACAGAGGAAGUAAUGAGCCAGGCUGAAAGGACUCAGAAUGAUGAGGCAGUACCCUCCUAUGCCCACAUCUCCCACCGUGCCCUCAAAGACAUUCCAAAGGAGUUAACCAACCCAUACAAUUGCAAAGUCCGCGCUCUAGCCUUCAACACUAAUCAUAAAGAACUGGGUGCUGUGUCCUUGGACGGCUAUUUCCACCUCUGGAAGGCUGAGCAUAACUUGUGCAAGAUACUGUCCACCAAGCUGACUCACUGCAAAGAGAAUGUGUGUCUGACAUAUGGACAGGACUGGUCGGUGUACGCUGUGGGCUCUCAGGCCCAUGUCUCUUUUCUGGAUCCACGGCAGCCAACGACUAGCAUCAAGUCCGUCAGUUCCAGAGAGAGAGGAAGUGGAAUCCGUUCAGUGAGUUUCUAUGAGCACAUUGUGACAGUAGGCACUGGCCAAGGUUCCCUUCUGUUCUAUGACAUCCGGGCUCAGAGAUUCCUGGAGAACCCAUUGAAUCGAGAUGGCAUCCUCAAGCUUACUACAGGGAAAGGCUGGCUGAAUCACGAUGAGACGUGGAGGAGUUACUUCUCAGACAUUCAUUCCUUCCCCAACGCGGUGUACACCCACUGCUACGACGAGUCUGGCACUAAGCUGUUUGUAGCAGGUGGACCGCUCUGUUCUGGCCUGCAUGGCAACUACGCAGGACUUUGGAGUUAGCCUUUUCUUCUCCUCCAUCACUGCAUUCUGGUCCAGAUUUUUACUGAGCCAGUCCCUCCAUCCCUCUCCCUCUUCAAGUCUGUUGUAUGUGAUCACUGUCUUUGGUAUCCCUCUUGCUCAUUUAAAUGUCACUCUGUUUUGCUCACAUGUGGGCUCAGGAGCAUGAUCUUGCCCCUACCAUAUCACGGCUUUGUAUAUUCUUGUGUAUUUUUGUGUAGACCAUUACACUAUCACUUCUCUCUAAUUAUUCCUUAGCUCAAUUCACCUCAGCUACUCUGUUGAUUUUUAUAUAAAAAUGUACAAAUAAUUAUCUAGUAAUUUUCAGGAGCUGCAAAGUCUGCCACUGAGGAACUCUCAGAAGAGUUUUGAAAAAACUAACAAUAAAGUUGUGUAUGUUUUCCUCAUUUAAAACAUCCAACAUGCAGGGAGUUAAGCUAUGGUCUUUGGCUCACUUGUUUUUGUAAGUAAGGAUAGUGUUUAUUGCUGCUUUCUCUGUGAUAAACGACAGUGUCUUUGUGAAAUACUUGUGGAAUUUUCUCCAAAAAUAGUUCCUUUUCACUCUGUCAUUGAAAUGGAUGGCAAUACAAGAGAGGAAGAAAUACUGAAGAGAAGAGAAUUCAUUUUAAAGAACUGAACAGGAUGGAGAAUAUUUACUGGUUGGAACAGCUUGUCCUGUCCUACAACAAUCACAAAGCACUUCUCUCUUCUGUCAGAAGUAAAACAAAGAAGCCAAUCACAGUGGUGUUCAUGCUUUUCACACUAAGAUGAUGUAAAGGAGAAACAUUAAGAGGGUAAAUGCAGUGUUGUUCUGCUAUUAAUUAAUCCUGACUUUUUUUGUGUGAUUUUACAGGCUAAUAUUCUAAUUUGCUUUAUUUGUAUUUAUUUUCCCCUCUCUGUCACCUUUACUCAGUUGGUCUGGGGUGUUUGCUGCUUUUGAAGGAUAUACUGAGUUUUGUCCUGCUUCUCUUUGACCACACUGCUUUCAGCAGACUUGUCCUUUAACUGUCACUGGAGAAUUUGUUCUAGAUUUUAAGAUUUGGUAGCAAUCCAAGUGUCACCAAAUACGAUGAUUAAUAGACAGUGGAGUCUGUAAUUGAUGGAUUGAAUCCCCUUGUGAUUAUGGGACGCCACAUAAAUUGGGAAGAAGAUUUGGAGUUGCCCACUUCAAUUUUCUCUAAAACUUAGAAAGAAAGAUGCAAGGAGAACCAUUGAGGGUUAUUGGACUCUGUCCUGGACCUAAGUGCUGCAGGUGCAUAUGUUUGUUUUCAGUGUGAUUCAUUUGGUUUUCCCUCUGUUACUAUCAAGGAGUGAGUGACUCUGCUCUUGUCCUGGUUUGGUUAAGGCAGAGUAGGCUUUAGUUACAUUUUUGCCUUCCUCAAGUCUUUCUGUGAAAGACUGUCACAGGUGAUCAUAGUUUUCCUUUUAUACAUGGAACCUUUCCAGUUUUCAUAAUAAUGACAGACUGAAAGAGAAACCCCAAUUACAACCGCAAAUUGAGCGAAUAACCAACACUUGUAAAGUGUAUUUUAUAUAAAUGUGCAUAUGUGCAUUUUUAUGUAUAUGUCUGAGAAAGUGUGUGGAUUGAUUUGUCGACUUGGUGAUACCCCUUUUUUUUAAAGACAUGCCUCAUGAAUGUUUUUACAAAUGACUGAAUCAGGAUAUUGUAAGAUAUAAACAUCUGAAGAAAAACAAGCUAUUAAAUCUUUAAAAAGAUCAGAUAAUAAAGAAAAUGUAAAUUGA